ACCGAGUGCAGCUAGAUGGAGGAGACCGGACGCAAAGGGCUAGUGGGGCCGGAUCCGGGAACGCUGAGCCCCGAGCAACUGGAGCAGUUGCGAGAUUUCAAGAUCCAGACUCGGAUUGCAAAUGAAAAAUACUUGAGAACCCACAAAGAGGUGUCCCUUCUCAUUAGCAGCUUCUUCAGAGAGAUGUUUCUGAGAAGACCAGAGAACAUUCUUGAAUUUGCUGCAUACUAUUUCACAGAUCCAAGACUUCCCAACAAAAUUCACAUGCAGCUAAUUAAAGAGAAGAAGGGAGCCUAAUUAGCAAGCCACAAUGCUCAGCUGCUGGGAGAAGGCAGAAGGAGUCCAGCCUUGGGUGGGUGUUAGCCUCACUCCUGUGAAAGAACGCAAGAGGAGGAACAGCAGAGCAGUGUGCCGACAGCAGGCCAUUUUCCCGACA